AUGGUCUUUACCAACACUGAAGGUAUCCUGGUCCCUGAGCUCUACAACCCUGCCACCAACAGGUGGACUCAGCUUGCGCCUCACGCUGUUCCCCGCAACUAUCACUCUGUCUCCAUCUUGUUGCCUGAUGCCACGGUGUUUAUCGGUGGCGGCGGCCUCUGCUACGUUGCUAAGAUUGGUGGUUCAACUGCUGGCUGCGACAAAACAGCUGACCAUGCCGAUGGAGAGAUUUUCCAGCCUCCUUACCUUGACCAGAGGCGUAUCCCUCUCACCGGCUUCCAAGCCAAGGGCAACCAGUACACUGUCAAGCUACCCAAGGAUAAUGGUGUCCUUCUACCUGGCUAUUACUAUCUCUUUGUGAUGUCGCCGCAGGGUACUCCUAGCAUGUCAAAGACAGUCCAGAUCACUUUGUAAUUAGCAAGCGGACUGCAGUAUUCUGCUCUCAAGAUAAGAACACUCAUUACACUAUAAUAAACC